AACAGCUUCCUGAGCUCAAAGAUCCUGGAACUGUGUGCCGAUCUUCCCAUCUUCUGGCUUCGACCUACAUAUCCCAAAGAGAGUCAAAGAGGUAAAAGAGAUGUUGGAAGAAGAGCAAGACAAGCUCAGCACAUCAACUUGGACCAGUUUGAAGCUGCGGCAGAGGAAGUAAACACAAGGCGCCAGGGGAACCGACGAGCUAAGCCAGCCAAUGAAACACAACCGCCUGCUGAAAGAGAAGUUCCCUUCAACCCCGAGAACCCCAUACCAUUUGGAAGGAGAAGGUGGGAUGACUUUUGACCCCAUGCU